GAAUUUAUAAAAUGGAACAGCCUACUAACCUGCCGACUGAGCAAGAAUUGAAGGAUGCUCGUAUUCCCCCUACUUGGAGAGACAACUGCUCGCAUAUCUUGAUUCCUCUGAACAAGUGCCGUCGCGAGCACAAUUUUAUGAUGAACAAGUGUGUCGAACUGAAACAUGCUUAUGAGAAAUGCCAGCACGACGAGUGGGAACUGUAAAUGGAUACUCAGCGUGUAGAUAUGAAAAGAGACAGAAGCAGUUCGAGGAGCAGGAAGCUAUGAAGAAAUUGCAGUCUGAGUAGAGUUGUUAAGGAGAAUAAAGCAACUGAAUGUUUCGAUUUAUAUAUGAAUUACAU